AUGGGAAAAUUGCCGAAUUGGUUGGGUGAGCUUAAAAAUCUCAAGGCACUCGAUUUAUCCAAUAACAAAUUUGAAGGUCUCAUCCCUGCUUCUUUAGGGACAUUGCAACAUUUGGAGUUUCUGUCUCUUCUGGAGAAUGAGUUGAAUGGAAGUCUCCCAGAUAAUAUUGGACGACUUUCUCAACUGCAAUACUUGGAUGUUUCUUUCAAUCAUUUGAGUGGAAGUCUCCUGGAUAGUAUUGGACAACUUUCUCAACUGCAAGACUUGGAUGUUUCUUCCAAUCAUUUGAGUGGAAGUCUCCCGGAUAGUAUUGGACAACUUUCUCAACUGCAAGACUUGGAUGUUUCUUCCAAUCAUUUGAGUGGAAGUCUCCCAGAUAGUAUUGGACAACUUUCUCAACUGCAAGACUUGAAUGUUUCUUCCAAUCAUUUGAGUGGAAGUCUCCCAAAUAGUAUUGGACAACUUUCUCAACUGCAAGACUUGGAUGUUUCUUCCAAUCAUUUGAGUGGAAGUCUCUCUGAACAACAUUUUUUGAAGCUGAGUAAGUUGGAGUAUUUACAGAUGGGUUCCAAUUCUUUCCAUUUGAAUGUUAGUCCCAAUUGGGUUCCCCCUUUCCAGGUGAAUGAACUUGAUAUGGGUUCAUGCCACUUGGGUCCUUCAUUUCCGACUUGGCUUCAAUCUCAAAAGAACCUCGAGUAUCUUGAUUUCUCAAAUGACAGCAUUUCAAGUCCCAUUCCAAACUGGUUUUGGAAUAUUUCUUUUAAUCUGCAACAGUUGAAUCUUUCUCACAAUCAAUUACAAGGUCAACUACCAAAUUCAUUAAAUUUUUCUAUUGGCGGUGGUGCUUACAUCGAUUUCAGUUCCAACCUCUUUGAAGGACCUAUUCCUUUUUCAAUCAAAGGGGUCCCUUUUCUAGAUCUCUCCCAUAAUAAAUUUUCUGGCUUUUUUUCACCGAGCAGAGGUGAAUCCAUGUUAGGCUUGCAUGCCCUUCUGCUUUCAGAUAAUCAAAUAACAGGAUUCAUCCCUCUAAACAUAGGAAAAUCCAUACCAAACUUGUCUUAUCUUUCUCUUUCAAGUAAUCAAAUAACAGGGGUCAUCCCAUCAAACAUAGGCGAAUCCUUACCCAACUUGGUUUUCCUUUCUCUCUCGGGUAAUCGAAUAACAGGGACCAUCCCAGAUUCCAUAAGACGCAUCACCAAUCUUGAAGUCAUUGAUUUUUCAAGGAAUAAUUUGACUGGAAGCAUUCCUUCUACCAUAAAUAAUUGCUCUGGGCUUUUUGUUCUAGACCUUGGAAACAACAAUUUGUUUGGGAUGCUACCAAAGUCGUUGGGUCAGUUACAAUUGCUUCAAUCACUGCACUUGAACCACAACAAGCUUUCAGGAGAGUUCCCCUCAUCUUGGCAAAAUUUAACAGGUUUGGAUGUCCUUGAUCUCAGUUACAACAGAUUAUCGGGUCAGGUUCCUACUUGGAUUGGAGUUGCUUUCGUAAAUCUUGUAAUUCUCAACUUGAGGUCGAAUAUGUUUUCUGGAAGACUUCCUUCUCGACUUUCAAAUUUAAGCUCCCUGCAUGUCUUAGACCUUGCACAAAACAAUCUGAUGGGUGAAAUUCCAAUCACUUUGGUUGAGCUUAAAGCCAUGGCUCAAGAGCAAAUGAAUAUAUAUCAGUUAAGUGUGAAUGCCAACUCCUCGUAUACCAGCUCCUUGUAUGAAGAACGAUUGGUUGUGAUUGCCAAAGCCCAAAGUCUUGAAUAUACCAGGACUCUUUCUCUUGUUGUAGGCAUUGACCUAUCCGACAAUAAUUUAAGUGGAGAGUUCCCCCAAGAAAUAACAAAAUUGUUUGGUUUGGUGUUUUUGAACUUGUCGAGGAAUCACAUCACUGGCCAAAUUCCUGAAAGCAUUUCAAUGUUGCGACAAUUGUCAUCUCUUGAUUUGUCAAGCAAUAAGCUUUCCGACACCAUUCCUUCAAGCAUGGCCUCAUUAUCAUUCUUGAGUUAUUUGAAUCUAUCAAAUAACAAUUUCUAUGGUGAGAUCCCCUUUAUAGGGCAAAUGACAACCUUCCCCGAGCUGGCCUUUGUGGGAAACCCUAAUCUAUGUGGAGCUCCACUGGCCACAAAAUGCCAGGAUGAAGAUCCAAAUAAAAGGCAAAGUGUUGUUAGUGACAAAAAUGAUGGUGGCUAUGUUGAUCAAUGGUUUUACUUGAGCAUUGGCUUGGGAUUUGCCAUGGGCAUCCUAGUUCCAUUUUUUGUUUUGGCAACAAGGAAAUCUUGGUGUGAGGCCUAUUUUGAUUUUGUGGAUGAGAUUGUCAGAUGGUUGUUGAGAGGAAGAGCAACCUAUGCCAAAAAUCAUCCUAGAAGGUGA